UGUUGACUAGGUUGCACAGGUAGGAAGUGUGCGAAAUCAUAUAACACCGAACAAUGCAAAUCUAGACAACAUUAUCUAUAUUCCACUCUUACAGUUCCUUUCAACUUUUAUUUUACUGCAAAUAAAAGCAGCGUCUCAAAAUGUUCGCGGGGUUGCCGGAGCUCGGAAUCUCAAAUGGAGAAGAUCUGAAAGAAACUCUCACUAACUGUACAGAGCCUCUGAAAGCCAUCGACCAGUUUCAGAUGGAAAAUGGCAUAUUGUUGCCAACCCUACAGUCAGCAUUGCCUUUCUUGGAUCUUCACGGCACUCCGCGAUUGGAGUUUCACCAGUCUGUCUUCGAUGAGCUUCGAGAUAAGUUGAUGGAGCGUGUUGCUGUCAUUGCAGAGGGCAAAGAAGAGGACAGAUAUGUUAAACUGGAAGAACUUCUGGAGAAAAGCUUCCCAUUGGUGAAGAUGCCAUCUAUACAGCCCGUUGUUAUGCAAGUGCUUAAACAUCUGCCAAAGGUGCCUGAGAAGAAGCUAAAGCAGGUGAUGGCUGAAAAAGAGCUCUACAAAGUGUGUGCGGUGGAGGUGAAACGGCAGAUUUGGCAAGACAAUCAGGCUCUCUUCGGGGAUGAAGUGUCUCCUCUGUUGAAGCAGUAUAUUGUGGAGAAGGAGGCGGCUCUCUUCAGCAGUGAUCUUUCCGUCCUUCACAACUUCUUCAGUUCUUCACCCAAAACACGCAGACAGGGCGAGGUAGUGCUGAAGCUGACCCAGAUGAUUGGGAAGAAUGUGAAGCUCUACGAUAUGGUGCUGCAGUUCUUGCGGACGUUGUUCCUGCGCACACGUAAUGUGCACUAUUGUACCCUGCGAGCCGAGCUGCUCAUGUCUCUUCAUGACCUGGACGUCAGCGAGAUCUGUUCAGUCGACCCCUGUCACAAGUUUUCCUGGUGUUUGGAUGCCUGCAUCAGAGAAAAGUUUGUGGAUGCCAAGCGGGCUCGAGAGUUACAAGGCUUCCUGGAUGGGGUAAAGAAAGGACAGGAACAAGUGUUAGGUGACCUCUCUAUGAUCCUUUGUGAUCCAUUCGCCUGUAACACGCUAGUGUUGAGCACGGUGAGGAAUCUUCAGGAGCUGUUGAGCCAGGAUGCACUACCCAGAGACAGCCCUGAUCUCCUCUUGCUGCUGCGGAUGCUUUCUCUUGGUCAGGGUGCCUGGGACAUGAUCGACAGCCAGGUUUUCAAAGAGCCACGAAUGGAUUUGGAGGUUGUUACACGCUUUUUGCCCGCCAUGAUGUCGAUAGUGGUGGAUGACUACACGUUCACCGUGGAGCAGAAACUUCCCAGUGAAGAGAAGACCUCCCUCACAUACCCCAACACUCUGCCUGAUACAUUCUCUAAGUAUUUACUGGAAAACAGGGUGGCAUGUGAGAUAGGCCUUUAUUAUGUGCUUCAUAUCGCUAAGCAGAGGAAUAAGAAUGCUCUGCAGAGGCUUCUGCCUGCACUGGUGGAAACAUAUAAUGACAUGGCAUUUGGAGACAUCUUCCUUCAUCUUCUCAUUGGUCAUCUGACUUUACUUUCUGAUGAAUUCGGAUCGGAGGAGUUCUGUACUGCUGUUUUUGAAAACUUCCUGCUUACCUCUUUCUCUAGUAAGGAGAAUGUUCACAGACACGCUCUUCGCUUGCUGAACCACCAACACCAGAAGGUGUUGCCGUCCUACAUAGAAACUUUAAAGAAAACACUUGAACCUCCAAAACAGAGCAGUGAGCCAGUGAAGGAACUUUACACCAUGUUGAAGGAGAAGCUUGAGGCAUCCAAGAAAAGUCCUCUAGAACCAGACGAGGCCCCCUCUCUGGAUCUUGGCCUUCAUCCUGUUACUGUGCCCCCCACGCCUGGCACCCCCACCACACUGUGAAAAAGACUGGAAUCUCUAGCCACGAUAGAACCGUAAGCAAAACAGAGCCCAAGAGCAGCCAUGGUUAUAUGGAUUUAAUCUAUGUAUCUGUUAACAUAAAGACUGAGGCAAACACAGUUACCUUUGUUAAGUAGGACUGUGCUGGUUAUGACUUUGAUGUUAUCUAUUUUUUAUAAAAGUCUUUUAAAAAGUAUUUUGUGGGUCAAACGCUUUUCAAUUUCUUGCUUUUUUAAGAAAAGGUAGCCUUGUUUAUUUGCUGAAUGAGUUAAAUAACUGUCUUAUGUACAGUGAUGGAUUAUUCAAUAGGUUUUGUUUUGGAUUAUGUCAUUGAUAAGCCCUCUUGUAAAUAAAAGUAUCAAUCAGAACACAGUCUCUUCAGUUUUGAGUGUUUUGGAAAAUAUAGACAUUAUUUACAGGGUCCGAAGGUGAUUAAAAACCUGUGAGGUUUCAAAUGAUUUCUUAAAUGAUAUGAUUUCAGGUCUGCAAAAUUCUACACUCUUCACUGAAAAGUUAUGCUGUCCUUACAUGCUUUACCUAAACAGAAAGUGUUAGGAUGACUGGUGUUUCCCCAGUGGAAAAAUAAAAACCAUAAAGAUAUUUAAAUCCUCUCAGAACUGCUUAAUGUUGUUUACUUUCCGACUGUAUUGGUUAAAGUAAGUGAGAACUGAGAAAUUACACA